CUUUUGAUGAUAAAACAUUAAUGUGGCCAGGCUCAGCACAGCUUGCGCAUGCCAAUUUCCUUACGGCUUUUAUCCUCGCAUUCCUGCAACACGACAGGAGGAAAUGUCACUCAUGGUCAAAUUUCGCUACACUGGUAGUAUUAUACUGUUCGCCUCCGAAUAGGAAACAGUGCCGUGAUGUUUAUGUGACAAGUCUCGCACCAACCUAGUGAUCCGUCUUAAUAGCAUGAUGCAUGCCAACAUCGAAAGAUAUGAUAGCUUUCUCUCAAGCCUGCGUGCACCAUCGUCCAGCACAUGGACCGAAGCUCAGGAAUCCGUUUUGCUCGAGCCCUACACAUACAUCACUGCCAACACGGGGAAAAAGACCACAGAAAAGCUUGUUCAAGCCUUCAACCUCUGGCUUAAUGUUCCUAAGGACAAGCUUGCGGUCAUUAUCCGUGUUGUCGGUCUUUUCCAUAAUGCCGGUCUCUUGGUAGACGACAUUGAAGACGACUCUCAACUGAGACGUGGAAUUACAGUCGCGCAUAAAGUAUAUGGCAUCCCCCGUACCAUCAAUGCCGCCAAUUACGUCUACUUUCUAGCAUAUCAGGAGUUGUCGUCUCUGAGGCCCAAAGUGCAGCGUCGCGCUUGUGAUUCUAGUGCAGGUUCAGACAGUGGGCUCAGGGACGACAGUUUCACCGCCGAAAACCCCGAUUUCUCUAAACGCCUCAUUUCCGAUCGCGACCUGGACCUUGUAGACAUCCUCUGGCGUGAUACCCUCCGCUGUCCCACAGAAGAUGAGUAUGUGCAGAUGGUAAAAGACAGUAGGUCGUCGUCAUUGUCUAUAAGAAACCAUUUUGAACAUGGCUACUCAGAAACAGGCAUGACUAUGUCCCUUUGUCCAAUCCUCAUUGGGAUUUAUUACCAAAUACGCGAUGAUUACAUGAAUCUCCAGAGCGAUGAGUACACAGGCACAAAGGGGUUUGCAGAAGAUUUAUCUGAAGGGAAAUUCUCUUUCCCUGUUGUUCACGGCAUCCUCGACCAGCCUGAAAACCAACUAAUCAUAGAUGUCCUACAAAAACGUCCCGAGACUCCUACCCUCAAGCAUCGCGCUAUCGAGUAUCUCAGAGACACCACCAAGUCGUUUGAUUACACCCUAGCAGUGCUCCACAAGUUGGAGCAACAAGCCAGGGGAGAAGUUGAGAGACUCGGCGGAAACCCGAUAUUAUCCGCGCUUUUGGACAAGCUUCAUGUCGAUGCAUGAAACAUCAUGCCCUUCUUGUGUACUGUAUUGUCAUGGCUUACUGGCUUAGUCGAUCCUCCCAAAUGUCCAGAUCAUAUGUGCCCGUUA